AUGUGCCACAGCAUCAUCUGGUACCACGCCCUCUGCCUCCACCCGCACCCGCUGUCAUCCUCCCUGGUUUUUUGUCCCGGUGCCAUGAUCUAUGGGCAAGACUGCCUCCCAUUCCAGGACGUAAUUUACCUCCCUAUGGUGGGGAGGUGUCACAGCUGCAAAGACCAGAAGAGACGGUGCCAAGCAAUCAAACGGAAACGGCAGAUAGAGAACGAGUGGCUUGACGCAGAGCUAAACGGAGAGUUCUGGGAACACGAGUGGGAACGGGAUCAUGUUUCUGUCCAAUCCCAAGGAUUUGAGGAGCCGGAAGCAUAUCAUGGUCUUGGGAUUGACUUUGCAUGCCCCGAGGUGGAUAUCGAACUGGAGUCCACUGUUGCUAGUCCUGUCAUGGAGUGCUCAGGGCAACGGUCCCAGCAUCAAGACAGUCCGACAAUGAUGUCUCCGGAUCCACAUAUGGAAAAGAAUUGUGACCAGACAGCAUGGAUAUCACCAUCUAAGAAGGCCCAUCGACGGUCUUGGAUCCCUGUCCCGGUGAACAGGGCCCAACGGCAACGAGGAACUGCAACACCCGGGAGCACACCGCAGCUCACGGCAGACGAAAGCGAUGUGGAGUCAUCUGUCGAUGAGAUGGACCUGUUUGACCGGAUUACAUUUUGA